CACACCACCACAGUCAACCCUCAACCAAGCUCAGAGGAGGACCAGCAACCAACCACCUCCAGAAUUUGACCUCAGACACAUUGACCUCAUUUGGGAAGGUCAUGGAUGGUCACCUUUCCUCCCCUUGUGAUAUGGGUGAUGGGAGUGCAAGGGAGAUGGGUGACCUAAGGAGGGGUACCGCUGGGUUGCAUAAGGUUGAAAUGAAUGAGGAGUUGGAUGACAUAGAAGAUGGGAGUGAAGGGACUUGUGUCGUGGUGAAGGAGAAUGUGAGUUUAAGGGAUGACUUUGAAGAAAUGGUUAAGAAAAGUGAAGAAAACGGAGGAUUAAGAGAACGUAUCAGCAUUCUGGAUAACUCAAGUAAAGAAAUGAUGGCUAUGAGUGAAGAAAACGAAGAAGAAAGACGAAAAAAUGGUGUUAGGGGAAACUUAAGUAAAGAAAUGAUUGAGGAAAGUGAAGAAAACGGAGGAUUAAGAGAACUUAUUAGUAUUCUGGAUAACUCAAGUAAAGAAAUGAUGGCUAUGAGUGAAGAAAACGAAGAAGAAAGACGAAAAAAUAGUGUUAGGGGAAACUUAAGUGAAGAAAUGAUUGAGGAAAGUGAAGAAAACGGAGGAUUAAGAGAACGUAUUGAUAUUCUGGAUAACUCAAGUAAAGAAAUGCUAGCUAUAAGUGAAGAAAAAAGAAGAAAAAAUAGUGUUAGGGGAAACUUAAGUGAAGAAAUGAUUGAAAAAAGUGAAGAAAACGGUGAAUCAAGAGAAAAUAACAGUUUUAAGGGUGACUCAAGAAAAGAAAUAAUGGCGCUAAGUAAAGAAAACGAAGUAGUAAAAGCAUUUAUUACUGUUAAGGGAGAUUUUAGUGAAGAAAAUGAGGACUCAGGUGAAGAAAAUGAGAAGAAAAGAGGAAAUAGAAGCAAGGGAUAUAACGUAAAGGAAGAAACGAUUGCCUUUGAUGAAGAAAACGAGGAAAUGAAAGAAAAUAUUAGUGUUAGGGGAGACUCGAGUAAAAAAACGAUUGACUUAAGUGAAAAAAACGAAGAAAUAAGAGAAUGUAAGGGUGACUCAAGCAAAGAAAAGGAUAUUACUAUAGAGAGUGAGAAGAUAGGAGGAAAUACAAAUGAAGAAAAGAUAGAAUUAAAAGAAGAAAACGCUGAUUCAAAAGGGAGUACUUGUGAAAAUGAAACACAGACCCAACCAGACAGUGCCUCAACUCAAAGCCAAACCAGCAACACACAGAAACACUUACAAACCAAACGAUACAGAAUUGUGACCCACGAAUUUCAUAGCUUUCACAAACCAAGGAGUGUUGCAUGUGACUUAGAACGUGAAGAUGAAACACAAACUCAACCAAACAGUGAAUCAACUCAAAACCAAACAAGCAACAUAGAAAAACAAGCAGAAAACAAACAAUAUGAGAACGUAAGCCAAAAUUUCACUGUCCCAAGCAAAACAAAGAAAGACGAAGAUGAAUUAGACAGUGAAAAUGAAAUACAAAUCGAACCAAACAGUGAAUCAACUCAAAACCAAACAAGCAACAUAGAAAAACAAGCAGAAAGCAAACAAUAUGAGAACGUAAGCCAAAAUUUCACUGUCCCAAGCAAAACAAAGAAAGACGAAGAUGAAUUUAACAGUGAAAAUGAAAUACAGACUCAACCAAACAGUGAAUCAACCCAAAACAACUCAAGCAACACACAGAAAUACACAGCAACCAAGCAGUAUUACAACUUAAGUCCAAUAUUUACUGACUUGAGCGAAACAGAAAAUGAGGAAGAUGAAAUAGACAGUGAAAAUGAAAAACAAACUGAAGAAAACAAUGAAUCAAAACAAAACAAGACAAACAACGCAGAAGAAAACACAGAAUCCAAACAAUAUACUGACUUAAACAAAACAAAGAAUGAUGAUGAAAAUGACCAAAAAAGUGAAAAUGAAAAACAAUAUCAAGAAAACAAUGAAUCAAGACAAAACAACUCAAGCAACACACAAGAAAACACAGAAACAAAACAACUUACUGACUUAAGCAAAACAAAGAAUAGUGAUGAAAAUGACCCAAAAAGUGAAAAUGAAAAACAAUCUCAAGAAAACAAUGAAUCAAGACAAAACAAAACAAGCAACACACAAGAAAACACAGAAACAAAACAACUUACUGACUUAAGCAAAACAAAGAUUGACGAAAAUGACCAAAACAAUCAAAACAAAACCCAAACGAACAAUGAAAACAACAACAACAAAGAAGAAAACGGAGAAAACAAAGAAAACAAAAACUCAGACCAAAAAAGUUCCGAGGAAAGUGAAUCCAAAAGUGAUGAAAAUGACACCGCAAAAACCUCAAGUCCAAAUGAUAGUGACCAACCCUUUUUAAGUGACCCAAAAGAGGAAAAGGGAAUUAAGGAGAAAGCCCCCCUUAAUGAGACCCUAGCAAAAGUCGGGUCGGGGGGGACGGGGAAGGGAAGGGGGGUUGAGAAGGCUUUGAAGGGGGCGGUAUCCCAUCUCCCCCUUCCCCGGCAAUCCACCUUCACCAUUUCCUCUGUAGGGGAGAAAGGGGUGAAAGGGGGUGGGGGGGAGUAA